AAGACCAGUUGCGCGAAUUGUAGGUGGCUCUUUAUCGCCGAUUUUGUUCGACAAUCUGUCACAUAGUUUGUUAAAUGAACUAAUUACGCUAGUGUUGGAUGAAAGUACGGUGAGUUUUUAGAUGCGGAAAUUAAAUCCACAGGAGGUAUGGGGAGCCGAAAGAUGGGAGUCCGAAUUAGAAACGGCCCGCGAUGGUCUUCGUGGUCUUGACCGACGUAUUCGUAAGAUUCUCGGUCGAGAUCUUCCUGAUGGCGAGAGCGGUCCGUUGCAAUCACCUAGGAUAACUCAAAAGCGACCAUUACAAGAAGAUCGUCGACGGAUCGUCACGGACUUUGUGAAUAAUGAAGUACCUGGAGGCAAACGACGAAACUGGCAAGGUCCCAAUGUUGAACCAAAAACUGUUUUUAGUCGAUUAAGCGCACGUGUUCCAUCUAAUGCAGAUGAUAGUGCUGAUGAGGAUGAUAGUGUUAUCAAGCCCGCCGUAUCGUCCAGAGUAAUAGCUACUCCCCGAGAAAUUCCGUCUCGUCAAGAAGUUAUCAGACGAGAAAGGACAGACGAGCGCAGUCGACAGAGAAACAAACGUAUGUUCGGUGCACUUUUAGGGACCUUACAAAAAUUCAGGCAAGAGGAAACCAAGCUCAAAGCAAAGGAGGAUAAAAAAGCGGAAGUAGAGGCUAGAGUGGAAGAAGCUAGGAGGAGAGAGAAAGAGGAACUAAGGAGGGAGAGACAGCAGUUGUUUUUGUCACGGAAGCGACAAUUGGCCGAAGUACGAGCGUUAGAGGCAAAACUCGCCCGUAGUCGGCAGUUUCAAGAUUGGCGUAACGGACAGUUGCCUCUGGCAUCAUCUAUAAAGACACGUGCACAACCUUCCAUUUAUUAUACCCCUAAGCGCAAGCAUCCUCAAACUGACGCGUUAUUAGAGCAAUCCGCGAAAGAACUCUAUGAGGAAAUCGAGAGAAGGGAGAAAGCACUGGUCGAAGAGCUGAGUCUAAUAGAGGUUCAGGCAGGGCUGGGCAAGCAUGCUCAAAAUUUUGAAGGAUCUGCACCUUUACAUACCGUGGAGGUUCCGCGUUCAGUAGAGGAGGGUGAAGAGAAUCGGGAUCCCAAUCCGGAGCUGAAAAUCGAGAUUUCGAUUAACGAUCCGGUUGACGAUCCGGUUUCGAUGCAGUCGAUGAUAAAUGAAAAUUCUGAUAACGACCAUGAUGUGGAGAACAAGGAGGAGAAGGUGCAGCUUCACCAAGUGCAACUGGAUGAGAAUAACGGCUAGUAUUUAUUACAGUGAGGAGGGUUGUACAUACCAUGUACAUCGGAUGGUCCAAUUAUGUACGAUGAAUAUAUAUGUAUUAUAUACACUUAUGAUAUAUAUAUAUAUAUAUAUAUAUAUAUAUAUAUAUAUGUAUAUGUAUGUAUGUAUGUAUGAGUUAUAUAUGUACGAGUCAUAUAUCAGUAUGAAUUGUAUAUAUAUAUAAAUUAUAUAUAUGUAUACGUGAUGAAAUUUUUCAUAGUAAGUUCUAAGUACAGUUUUAUGACUGAAUAAUAAAUGUAGUAACACAAAAUAAGAUCAAGCGUAAUUUCAUCGUUACAUAAAACGUGCAACGGGAUUUCCUGAUGAUAUCCUGGUGAUCCACUGUUGGAUAUCACGUCUUGAAAUCGGUAGAUUAGGAAGUGAAAAUAUAAAAUACCGUAUUAAUUGCGGCUUAAAUUCUUUUCACAACAUUUUCGUAGGUACAUCUGCUUAGUCCUUGGCCGAGAUCCAUAUAUAUGUUUAUGUUUCUAUAAUAGUUUAUUUUUCUGUUUAUGUUGCUUACUUAUGGCCAUUAUAUUUACAAUUACUAUGACUUUAACAUUUCUUGAAUAAAACUGUAAUGCUAAAAUGGA